AUGAUAAAUGGUAGACCAGCGCCGAUCCGAGGCUGGACAAACGGGUCAAUGAAGUGUGGCUUUUCCAUGGAACCAGCGAAGAAGCUGCUAAGUCGAUCUGUGUCAGUCAAUUUCGGCUUCCGACGUCAUCUGCUCAUGGAGCGAUGUUCGGGAAGGGUCUAUAUUUUGCGGACCGAGCGAAGAAGAGCCAUAGCUACACCACGCGAAACAAGGAGUCGCGCUGAGAACGGUGAAGUGCGUACGGCGUACGACCUCCAAAACUUUGAGGAUCUCCAUUUUGUACGUUUUGACAAGUGGCAGGUUCUGGGAGUGGAUGCCGCAUCCGAGGCGGCCAAAAACGAGGACGAGAUGCGACGCAUUUCCUCGUCCAAAAUCAUCUCUGCCAUAGGCAAACCGUACCUGGUCCUGGGUCUUCAGCCCGGCGCCAGCAGUGCAGCAGUUCGCCGCGCCUAUCACUGCCUGGCGCUGCUGCAUCAUCCGGAUAAAGGUGGCGAUGAUGCUGUCUUCAAAGCCAUCGCGGAUGCCUACAAGGCCCUGACCGAGGCAAAGACCGAGGAAGGCGGCUGGAGAGACCUGGAAGGGCAGGCCGUGGGCCCCUGGCAAGCCCAUGCCCCAACGGCCACAAAGGGAAUCACGUGCAUGCUCUUCGAUAGCUUUGGAACUCCACCCUGGGAGAGCAGAAGGCUUUACACAGGGUCCUGGCAGGAAGGCGUUGUUCGGUGCUGGGAGCUCUCCAAAGGGGAGCCUGGCAAGACCAAGCCCCCUCCGCGACUGGUGGGCGAAAUUGCAGUUGGAGGUUUCAUCAAUGAUGUGGCCGCCAUUUCGCCCUUUGGACUUUUGACUGCACAAUCCGCGGGCAUGAAACCUUUGCCCGGCGAAUCCCUACGGUCAUGGAAUCUGAAGACGACUCCCUUCAGGCCCAUCGCACGAGCCAAGACGAAUGCCAUUGCCGAUGAUCCAGAAGCCAAAUCCAAGGUGUCGAAGGCUACAGGCAACGGCUCGAGCGAGACGGCGCUGGUGCAGAGGACUGAGGAGGAGCCGGAGUUUGUGAAGGACGAAGAUGGUGGCUACUUAGAUAAGUCGACCAUGAUUUACCUGCAUUACAGAGGCGUGCGCUGCAUCAGCCUUUGGCCGAAGCCUGAGAACCGCGAGGCCACGCCCCACGUGGCGGCCACCGUCUCCAAGGACGUCCUGGCUGUGUCGAAGAUUGGAAUCGAUGGAGUCAGUCUACAGGUUCCAGCCGUAUGGCAGAAACCCGACCCUCACGAAGGUGUGGGUGACGUCAACGCCAUGCAGCACGAGUCCAUGAACAAACUUUGGACCGGUGACAACGGUGGAAUUUUGCGCUGCUGGGAUGUCAACGCCGCGGGAAAGGGAGUGGUUUGCGACUUCAACAGCCAGUCAGCUGGUUGGCUUUCAGGCCUGGCUCUGUGGCCUGAACCCGGAGUGAUGGUCUGCUCUCACUCCAGCGGCAUGGGCUUUAUUGACACAAAAGCAGGGAAGGUCAUUCGACAGCAAUACACGAAGGAACCGGUCGGCAAGGUAACCCUGCUGAACGGAACCAGCCCCAUGCUCUUUGCCGGCAUCGGCGGCGAGCUGAUGCAGUACGACACUCGGUGCUUUGCAGAUGGGCAGGACAAGCCCAAGGCCAUUGCAUCGUGGUCCUUGGGCUCUCCCAUCACAUCCCUGCACUGCACGGAGACGGGGAAGGGGCACUUGCUGGUGGCUGCUGGCUGUAUGAAUGGCAAGGUUGAUGAGGAGGAAAAGGAAGAGAAGCCUUCAGAGGAGAUGGCGGUGGAACCUGCCACUGAGACUUUGAAGAUCAAUGAUGGCACCACCAUGCAGAUUGCGCGGCUGCCCGACAUCGACGAGGGCACCUGGGAAGACGUGAAGAAAUACGUGGAAGGCAACCCAGAGACGGCCAGAGCCCUUCAGAACUUUGCCAAGAAUCCGGAAGCCAUGCGAGGCGCGGGGGCCACUGGGGCCACUGGCUGUCAAGCUUAA